UACGCUCUAGUUAGUAUUGCUAUGUAGGUAUUUUGAGUCGUUUGACACUUGGAGUUAAGAGAGCGACGUACGCAAGCUCGUGGCAGUCGCGUUUGUGCUGCACUGCUGAUGCGCGUCAAGUUUGUGCUGUAUCACAAAACACCGUCAAAUCAUUGAGAGGAACAGGAAAUUCACUCAUUUGAGUAGGUAAGCCAUCUCAUGGGCUCUGAGGAAGAGGUUAGGUGCGUAGUAAAUUGGUUUCGCCUAUGGACUCCAGUCCAAAGAGAUAGGUUUCUUACUUUAUUGUCAGCAAAGUUGAAUCCUCAAAAUCCUGACGCUCUGUUAUUGGAGUUGACCCAGCAGAUGACUUUACAUGGUCUCUCACUGUCUGUGUUUGAGUGUCAACUCAAUUUAUUUUCACGUUAUUAUGACAACUGGUGUGCUGCUGAAAGGAAUUUACUGAUCUUCAAUCUUGGACAAUUAGAUAGCUCAUUUGUGGCAAAUUUACAGGCUCUGGCAAACACCCACUACUAAAUUCUAUUCCAUUGCUCAACUAAAUAAUUUUUUCUGCAAACUAGAAGAUCUUGAUAAUAAUGCCUCAGCACCACACUACGGGUGAUCAGGUCCAGUUUGUGGGCGAGUGGUUCAGCAGUUGGUCAGAGCUGCAGAGGAGUGACUUCCUGACCUCACUGCUGCAGGAGCUUCGGCCCUCACAUCACAUCAAUGGCGGCCUCCCUGAGCGCCUUGGCCACCUUGCUAUUGCUGCUCCUGCCUCAGCAUCAUCAUCAAGACCUCCUUCCAUUUUCAACUGUCAGGUAAAGCUUUUCCACGAUUGGGUCGGCGGAUGGAGCGCCGAGGAACGCGCUAAGCUUCUGACAUCACUGAGGGAAACGGAUUCUUCAUUUGGGCAAUCACUUGAUGCUGCUUUGGCUGCCCUAGACGGCGACGCUCCAGCGGCUCCUCGAGAAGAUCCCGAAGGCGUGGAGGUUCCUCAACCAGUUCCUGAUCCUAUACCUGAAGGAGAUUUGGUUAAUGCUGCACCGCCAGCUGAAGCUCCCGUUCCUGCAGCUCGUGCCUUGGUUGGUCAUGCUGCAGGCGCCGACAGUGAUGUAGACGAAGCCCUUGAUUCUUCUCCUCCAUCCACAUUGAGCUCUCCUAAUCCUGGCGAUGGUCGUGCGGAUUCUGGACUUGAUUCUCCGGCAGAACCAGAAGGUGAAGACGAGGGCGGCCAUGUUGUCAUCGUGGACGAGCAAGAGGUUGCUCUCGCUGCCGUUGGACAUGAGAAUAUUGAGCGUGUUGGUGACGAGGGAGAUGGUAUUCCAAACUGAAUUUUUUGGGCAGUGAGACGAUGCUUCUAGGACGACAGAUAUCUUUUGGGAAUUAAUAGUUGGCUUAAUAUUAUCGAGUUCUGGUGCAUUUUGUAUUGCUGGUGCUUAUUAUCAAAGUGCAUUAGGGUGAAAUGUGCACUUGGCGGAGGCCCAUUGCUCCUAAGUGAAGUCUAAGGCUGUGCUCAACAUUCCUUAUAACUUAUUAUUGUCAUUCAUUUAAAAAUGGAAUUUAAUUGAAUCCACUUUUCAUUGUGAGCUGGUUGUCUGUUGUCAUUUUCCAAGGGUUUCAAACUUAGCUGUCGGUCUACUUAUCCGCUCAUAACAGUUAACAUUGGUUCCAGAUUUAUUUCUAUACCCCAAUGUCAUUAUUCACUUCUCGUGUGCACUCCAAAAUCCAUGUUUUUGCAGGGUUUUACUCCAGAUUUCGUAAAAUUUCUUCCUAGGAACUAUUAUACAAGUAUAAUUGUAUAAUGCUAUAUGUAUAUUAAUAUAUUUGAAACAUUUUUAAAAUUAUAAUUGUUGCUUUUCAAACAAUUUUUUGAAUUAUUCGAUUUUGCUUUAAUUUGAAAAGUCAAGCUUUCAACAUGAAAAGUCCCUUUAAAAUGACAUUGUUGUUUGAGAUUUCUUUGAAAGUAUUAUGAGUGACUGAGUAAAUUAUUGUUGGGGUGCUGAAUGCUGAUAUAUUCUAGCAGGUAAUUUUUCUUUCAAACCUUCCAGGUAAAUUAGCAAAUUGUUCAAUGUUAUGGUUUGAAGUAGUCUUGAUUUCCUAUCACACUGUGAGAGAUGAACUAUUCUAUAAGUUUCAAAUGUGCUCUUUAUAGUAAAUCAAUAUUGCGUUCUAAAUAUUUUUGCUUUAAUUCAAACUUUGGUAUUCUUUUUUCAUACAUCAAUCUGAAUGUUGAAUGCACGAAUCAAAUAUAUCUUUUUUUCUGCUGUGUCCUUCAAUGUUUAAUUUUUUAUUAACGUAUGCGGGUAGAACUUUCAGGAUUGCUUUCUGUAAGCUUCUAUUUUCAAUAUAGAGUUGUGCGUGUUUCUCUGGAUCCGAUUUAGUUAAUUGUACGCUAAAUUUGUGGAUUUUCUCUUAAUGGGAAUUAUUUUGUGC